UAAGUUCCGUUUCUAAUGGAAUGCGCCAAUUAUUUUUUUCUUUUUUUUUGAAUUGGAGUAUUAAAAGCUUUAAUAGAAUGUGAUAAUUAUAAGCUUUUAAGAAUUAAUCGUUAAGAGUAAACAGCAAUUACUUUCUGUAUAUAUAAAAGCACAUUAUUGAACAUUUUUAUUCCUUGUCUUCAAAAAGGAUUGUAAUUGAUUUUUAAUUGUAAUUGCUCUAACGCGCAUUACAAUUUUUUCAACAUGAAGGCAAACGUAUUUUUGAAAUUUGGUAUUUUGCUAGGAGUGUCAUUCAUACAACUCUCGCAUGCUGGUCCACAUGAUUUUGAUAUAUUACUGUUCGCUCAACAAUGGGCAAAAUCAUUGUGCUUUCAAUACAAUAAGCCACCAAAUAAUUGUUAUUUACCUCAACAUAAUGAUUGGACAGUUCAUGGAAUUUGGCCAAGUAAAAUUAAUCAAAGAGGUCCCGAAAGUUGUAAACAAAUACAAUUUAGACCACAAGAAUUGUCAUCAAUAAAAAGUCAUUUGGAUUCAUAUUGGUUGAGUAUUCAUGGACCAAAUGCCAAUGGAUUUUGGAAACACGAAUGGGAUAAACAUGGAACAUGUUCCGUUGUUAUGCCCCUAUUGAAUACUCAAUUAAAAUAUUUUCAAACAGGAUUGAAUUUAAAUGCGCAAUAUAAUAUUGGUGCAAUGCUACAAAAAGGAGGCAUUGUACCUGGAAGAAGUUAUUCGAUACAUAAUAUUAUGAGUACGCUUAAUCAAGGAUUAAAAGCAUCACCACAAGUUACUUGCAUUUCGAAGAAGGGAACACAAUAUAUUCAAGAAGUGAGACUUUGCUUCAACAAACAAUUGAAGUUGAUCAAUUGCAAGGGCAAUCUUUCUUAUGAGACAAAUUGCGACCCCAAAAAAAAUGUUGAAUAUCCACGAAAAUAAUAUGAGAGAAGGAUUAUUACUUUUUUGGAAUUUAAAAUUGUGAGAAGGUUAUUAUUAUGAAUGUUUAAUAAAUUAAUAUUUAAUUAGUUUUUAAUAAUAAUAAUAAUAAUAAUACUAAAAUUCUAACAAUCCUGUUUACACUUUUAGUUCCGUUGGUAACGGUUUUUUCAAACGUUUUAAAUUG